CUUCCAGGGGGAACCUCAUUAGGAUCCACCUCAUUAACCGUCCCCUUUCUCCUUCUUUUCAUCACUUUCUUUUGUGUCCUUCCUCGGAUCUCAAGGAGGCUCUGUGGCUUCUCUCUCUUUCUUUCUCUCAGAUCCCCAAAUGCCGAACUAUGUGUUGGAAGAAAUCUUCAGAUAAUCAAACUCUUUCCUCCCUGGCCCGGUGAGAUUGUUACUGUGUCACCUCAAUGGACAAGAAGGGUAACAUCCUGAUGCAAAGGUACGAGGUUGGGCGAAUGCUUGGGCAAGGUACCUUCGCCAAGGUCUACCAUGCUCGGAACCUCAAAACCGGACAGAACGUCGCCAUUAAAGUGAUCGACAAGGAGAAGGUCCUCAAGGUAGGCCUCAUUGAUCAAAUCAAGCGAGAGAUUUCAGUAAUGAGACUUGUCCAACACCCCAACGUAGUUCAGCUCUACGAGGUCAUGGCAAGCAAGACCAAGAUCUAUUUCACAAUGGAAUACGUUAAAGGUGGGGAACUUUUCAAUAAGAUUGCAAGAGGGAAGCUUAAAGAAGAAGCAGCUCGCAAAUACUUCCAACAAUUGAUCGGCGCAGUCGAUUUCUGCCAUAGCAGAGGCGUCUAUCACCGUGAUCUCAAGCCGGAAAAUCUCCUCCUCGAUGAGAAUUGUAACCUAAAGGUCUCCGAUUUCGGUCUCAGUGCCCUCGGUGAGUCCUGCCGGCACGACGGCCUCCUCCACACUACUUGUGGAACGCCGGCGUAUGUUGCGCCGGAGGUUAUCAACAAGAAGGGCUAUGGCGGUGCCAAGGCAGAUAUAUGGUCCUGUGGGGUUGUUCUGUUUGUGCUAUUGGCAGGGUAUCUACCAUUCCAGGAUUCAAAUCUCAUGGAAAUGUAUAGGAAGAUUAGCAGAGGAGAAUUCAAGUGUCCCAAUUGGUUCUCGCCAGAGGUUAGAAAGCUUCUCUCAAGAAUACUAGAUCCCAAUCCUCAUACAAGGGUACCAAUUGUUAAGAUCAUGGAGAAUCCAUGGUUCAAGAAGGGAUAUAAACCAGUGGAGCAUCCACAACCACAAGAAGAUGAACAGGACAUGAUAGCUAUGGAUGUCCAGAAUGCAUUUUCUGAGGACUCCUCUGAUCAAGCUAGUUGUUCUUCUUCUUCAAAGAAGAAAGACCCCAUGAGACCAACUUGUAUGAAUGCAUUUGAUAUCAUAUCUCUGUCUCAAGGGUUUGAUCUAUCUAGGCUUUUUGAGAAGGACAAGGAACACAAGCCAGAGUCUAGAUUCACGUCAAUGAAGCCGGCAUCUGCAAUUGUAUCAAAAUUGGAGGAGAUUGCAGAGAAUGAGAGCUUUAAGGUGAAGAAGAAAGAUGGGUUGGUGAAAUUGCAGGGGAACAAGGAAGGGAGGAAGGGACAGUUAGCUAUAGAUGCUGAGAUCUUCGAGGUAACUCCAUCGUUUCACAUGGUGGAAGUGAAGAAAGCAUCAGGGGAUACAUUGGAGUACCAUGAUUUCUGUAACCAAGGAUUGAAGCCUUCACUUAAGGAUAUUGUAUGGGCUUGGCAAGGAGGGGAGCAACCACCCCAACAGCAACUUCAGGAACCGCAACCUGCUUAAUAGUUGAUUAAGGUUGGGAGUAUUGGGAGGGAUUACCUAAAAGAAAGAUUUGGGGGAAGUGUUGUGCUUUUGAUCUCCUUCUUGUAGUUGUCAUGGAUAUUCAUUCUAUUGUUUAUCCCACAUUUUUUUUUCUUUUUCUGGAAAAAUAAAUUUCCGUUUUGACC